AUGACUGCGAGGCUUUCACCGCUUGGUAGAUCGGUUCAAGACGAACACAGUGAUAUCUCCAGAAAUUUGAUCGGAGCAAUAUUCGUGGCGGCGAUGACACGUGCAGUGUUCUGUGCAGUGUUGGACUACUCAACGACAGCGGCUGCAGUUAUUUGCAAUUCAAGUGAUAUUGAAGGAAUUGAAGAUUGUUUGUUUGUUGAACGACUAGAAAAUAGUGAUGAAAAUUUGUUGUAUAAGGUGACAUAUAUUGAAAAUGAAGCAUACAAUUUAUACAACAAUUAUGCAUUACAAACAGGUUUUAGUAUACGGAAAGGAAAACCUAGAUAUUUUAAUGGGAUAAAGAACAUAAGGCAGCAUGAAUUUCUAUGUUCUAAGGAGGGGUUUAAAGUAGAUGAAGAUCCUUGUGAAGAGAAAAAUUGGAAGAAACUAGAGACUAGAACUGGCUGUAAAGCAUUUAUUCAUUUCACAGUUGAAAAUGAAGCAUGGAGGGUUACUGCAUUUAAUCCAGAUCAUAAUCAUGAACUUGCACUACCAUCAGAGAGACAUUUGUUAAGAUCGAGUUGUCAUAUUUCAAAACCUAAGGCAGGUUUAAUUGAUUCCAUGGUGAAUGCUGGUAUAAGUACAAAGAAUACUUAUUUGUAUUUAACAGAAAAAGUUGGAGGGAGUGAGAAUGUGGGCUUCACUGAAAAAGAUUGUUAUAAUCAUGUGAACACAAAAAAGAUGUCAACGAUUAGUGUUGGAGCUGCUCAAAGCCUAUUGAAUCAUUUUAAGAAAAGGCAGAUAGAAGAUCCCAUGUUUUUUUACACGGUUCAAGUGUUAAUCACCAUUGGUAGAAUGUAUUAUUUGGGUGUGCAUUUCUUUUGGAUGAAAUUAACUACUGCUUCUUUCAAAUGGUUAUUCAAGUCAUUCUUAGACUCAAUGGGGAAUCGAUCUCCAAUAACAAUUUUUGCUGAUCAAGAUCAAGCCAUGUCAAAUGCUAUUGAGGAAGUGUUUUCGAACACACAUCAUCGACUAUGUUUGUGGCAUAUUUCAAAAAAUGCAACUUCCUACUUUGGAGAGUUAAAUUCUAAUUCGGAGUUUCAGUCCUUGUGGAACAAGUGUCAAAAAUAUUGUGAUUCAGAAUUGGAAUUUCAAAACAAAUGGGAUAAAAUGAUGCAUAAGUUUAAUCUUGAAGAUCAUCACUGGCUUAAUAUGAUGUACAAAAUUCGACAUAAAUGGAGCAUUGCAUUCACUAAGGAUAGCUUCACAGUUGAAUUUAAACCUUCCUCGAGGAGUGAAAGCACAAACCAUGUUUUGAAUAAUAUAGCAGAUACAACAAUAAGCCUCACUAACUUUGUAAUUAAAUAUGAAAGUGUGUUGGCAGAUAUGCGUUCUUCAGAGUUUAAUGAAGAUUUUCGAUGUAAGCAAGGCGCCCCACAAAGAGCAGUUAAGAAGAGUGGUAUUUUGGGUCAUGCAGCUCAAGUUUACACAUGUAAGAUAUUUAGAUUAUUUGAAUAUGAAUUCCUUAAUAGUCUUGUAAUAGAGUGGAAGCAAGUUGAUUGUCAAUAUACAAUUGAUGUCUUUGAGGUGAAAGAAGAAGAUAGUGAAAGAGUACGCAUUGUCCAUUUUGAUCAUUUCAAUAGCAACAUUUCUUGUUCUUGCAAGAAAUUUGAGUCAUUGGGAAUUCUUUGUUGUCAUGCAUUGCGGGUCUUCAAUUUAAAAAAUUUGACUAAAAUUCCAAGCCAAUACAUUUUGAAACGUUGGACAAAGGAGGCUAAGAAAGGGAUGAUGGCUUAUGAACAAGACAAUCAUUCAAGUGGCAAUGCUAAAGAGGCCGAGAUAGUGUGGCGUAAUAGCAUGUUACGUAUAGCUAAUACAAUUAUAUCCAAAAGCCAAGGGGAUGAUAGCCUUAAAAGCAUUUGUCAAAAGAUACUAUUGGGACUUGAUGAAAAAAUCGAAAGAGAGUCAUCAAAGUUGGGUUCAAAUGCAAACUUGGAAAAAAAUGAAGUUGUAGAGCAUAAUAUAGUCGAUGAAAUGCUUGGCUUAUCAAGUCAUGUGUCAGUUUUAAAUCCCCCAUGUGUGAGAUCCAAUUUGAAAAAGCCAUUUCUUCAAAAGGAAUGGAAAAAGAAAGAUGAAGAGGCACUUUAUAACUAUUUACGAAAAGAUAGACUUAAAGGCCACUUUGAGAAGCGCAAGGCAAAAUCGUCUAAGGAUGCAUCCUCUUCACGAAAAGCAAAAAAACAAGUUUCUAAAGAAAAUCCAAAUGUGUCAUUCGGUGGCUCAUACAAUCCAGCUAUAUACCAACCACCAAAUCCCUACUCUCAUUUAGGAUUUACAAGUGAUAAUGCACAUGGUCAAUCUUACAUGUCAUGGACAAAUCAUUCUCAAGAAAUGAGUUGUGUAAAUGUUCCAUUUACGACUGUGUUGCAAGGUACUAAUGUUAUAACGCAACUUAGUCAGAAUCCAAUGACUUAUAUUCCCUCACAAAUAAACUCGUUGAUGUAUGGCUCCAAGCAAUCAAAUUCCACACAUAUACAAGAGGUGGGAAGACCGAAGAUGUCAUGCAGCCAAGAAUCCUAG